AUGAGAUUAUAUAUUUUUUUAAUUUUAACAAUCUUUAUAAUAUCUCUCUCUUCAAACUUUUUGUUUGUAAAGGGAGGUGAUAUUCCAAGUGACCAACUAUUUCAAGAUGCAUUCAAGAAUUGGAUGCAAGCAUACAAUGUACGAUAUACUGAAGGUGAAUUCCAAUCCAAAUUUUCAAAUUGGAGAGCCAAUAUGAUAAAGAUUGGUGAUUUUAAUGGUAAAAUCAAUGUACCAGAUGUAUUGGUACAGGAUUCAGAAUCACCUACAGAUAGUAGUUCAAGAAAAUUAUUAUCUGUAAAUGCAGACCCUGUCAUUACUUUUCCAAAAUCACAAGUUCAACAAUUAUCAUUAAAUCAAUUUUCAGAUUUAACAUAUCAAGAAUUUGUUUCAACAUACACUGGAGGAUUACCACCAACUGCAGCUGUUGCUGCCGCUGCAGCAGCUGCUGGAUUGUCAACUGGUGCUAUUAUAGGUAUAGCAGUAGGAGGAGGAGUGUUGGCUGCAGGUGCUGUUGGAGGAGGUUCAGUACUUGCCUAUAGAAAGUACAAAAAGAACAAAUUAACCAAAGCAACAGCACAAUCACAUCCAACAGCCGUCGAAGUUGAAAUGGUCGAUAGAGUAUCUGCCUCACCCGUCGUCUUCCCAGCCACCCCUACCACCGAUCCAAAUGAAGAUGACCAUGCUUCAUCUCCUGUUCCUGGAGGUAUCAAUGUAUUUGAUUUCUCAAAGAAUCCUCGUCAUUCUAUUACUGCUAGAUCUUAUACACAAGAAUAA